AUGGGACAGCCGCGUGUGGGAAUGGGGUGGCCGCAGAGACCAGAGGCCGGGAGGGCCGGCACACAGUGACGCCAGGGGUACACUUGUCAAGGGCUGAGGACAAAAGUGUGCGGUUUCUCACGGGUGACUGUCCUGCUACCGUGUUCUUCCCAGGACAUGACCUUCGGCUCUAGGAAGAACACUCCAUUUUUCAUGAUAAAAUGGCAGCAGUGAGAACCCCCGGCAGAGAACUGAAGGAUGUGGAGGAACCAUUCAAUGACGUGUCGCCCCUCCUUUUGAAGAGCCUCGUGGAGGAGCCCCAGAAGAGAAGAGGAGUGCCCAACCACCUGCUAGAAUCAAAGGUUUAUACAAAACUUCUGCACAAUAAGGUCUUACAAGCAAAGCCUGGCAUCCUGCAUUUUGGAGGCUAUCAAGUAGGAAAACAACAGCAGCAGAUUCUGCAACUGAUCAAUAUUUCCAAUGAGGACAUCCAUGUUCAUAUUUUACCCCCACAAACCAAGUACUUCCAGAUCAAGUAUGUGAAAAAGGAGCACCGCCUUGUCCCUGGCUUGUCCCUCGCGGUCACCGUUACGUUUUCUCCAGACGAGUGGCGAUACUAUUAUGAUUGCAUCCGUAUUCACUGUAAGGAUGAUGAGACUUUGCUUAUUCCCAUCCACGCCUAUCCUGUCAUGAACACAUUGGAUUUUCCCUCAUUUAUAAACCUAUCAAAUGUUCUACUUGGUGAAAGCAAAAAAUACAUUAUUCCUUUGCAGUGCAGCUGCCCUGUAGAUUUUGAGUUCCGUGUUGCUGUGAUUCAGUCUCAUCCGGCCUUUACUAUUGAGCCAACGUCAGGGAUAAUCCCAGCGAAUGGGAAGGUGAACGUGGCUGUCAAGUUUAUGCCCUUUCAGUACGGGAUGGCACAAGUAAGAAUGCAGUUGAGGAUUUCCCAGUUCAACUCUCGGCCUUACGAGUGUGUCUUCACCGGAACUUGCUAUCCCAACAUGGCUUUAAAAUUAGAAGAAUUUGAAAGAUUAAAUAUUCUUUCUAAGAAAGUAGACAUUCCUGCAGAGAAGACAAUGACACAGAUAAAUUUUCACCGACUGCCAGCAAAGUUAAAACCUCCAAAGGUUAAGGAAAUUGAAUAUCAGAACUUGAGAUUUCCAGUAGAUUUAUCAAAUCCAUUUGCUGUGGCAACUGUUUUAAACCAAGAACCAGGAAAAUUGAAAAUUAAAGAAUUAAGAGAAGUUUUGGACCAAGGCAAUGAGAUUUCAAAAACAAGACAGAUGAAGGAAGCACUUUUUGAACAGAAAGUCAGACAGGACACUUGCGAAGAGAUUGAAAAUCACCUUAGAUGGCAGGUGCACCUUGGUAAAGAACAUAUGGCUUUUAAAUUUAUAAAAGACCUUGCUGAUGAGCAGCAAAAAAUAAACGAGAAAUACAAGCUAGAUAGAGGAGAUCCUGUCUUGGAGGAGGAAUUUCAGCGACUGACGACGGAAAUUAACCAGAAGCGGGUUGUUCACAACCUGGAAGAAAAAAGCAAGAAAUUUGAACCUGAUUUUGAUCCACUUGUUAAUAACACUUGGGUCAGCAGGUUCAGGGCACAGAGACGGUUUCAGCAAGCAGCACGCAAGAUCAUGGUUCACCGACGGUUACUUAAAAUGCUGGACAUCAUGCGUUUCAUGGACAGAGAGACCAUAUUAAAGAGGCUCAAGCACAGCAGACAGUCGAUAGCACAAGAGAAGACUCCCUCCAAAUACCAUCUGCUGCGGCACAGUCAAGACAAUCACUCCAGCUGGGGCUAUGUGUCACCCAAGCAAGUGCUGCCCUUCGCCUUCCCAUCCCACAGUCCUCCCCAGGGCUUCGAUGAGCUGGCUCCUGGCGGCCUUGGACCUGUCCCAAUUAAACCUUCAGACAUUCAAGUCAAGCACCAUCAUUCCUUCUUCAACCUGCAGGUUCCUCAAUUGUACAAAAUUAGGGGGUACCAGCCAUUCUCUGUUCAGUUGUCUUCAGCAAGUUACAGACCUCAAAAGCUUGCUCGAACCCUGAAGCAAGGAGCUGAGGAUGAAGCUACCACCGUGAUAGCCCUGCCAAAGCAGGACGUCACCCCUCAGUCCCCUGGCAAGAUCUCAAUCUUGAACAUGAAGCCACCCAAGGCCUUAGCUGUGUCUCCAGAUUAUGACCCACUUUACAUCUUUAAUCCCAACCCAGGAUUAUUUGCUGUGAAGCACCCUCUGACCUACACAGAAACCUUGAUAGAUUACUAUCUGUGCACUCACCCCAAGUACAAGUUCACCAAGGAGUCCCACAGCGGGUCCAGCAUUCCUCUCACCCAGAAACAGUUUCUCCAUCACACGGACAUUAUACCCGGAAUAAUGCACUGGAAGAGGUUCCAGCCCCUGGUUCUCGCAUCUCUGCCCGACACCUCCAAGAUAGAGACAACACAGAGCUGUGACUCCCUCAGUUCAGUUAUGCUCCCUAUAGACGUCCCUGCGACUCUUAAAGCCUUACCAGAAGAAGACAGACUGGAUACAGUCGAACGUGAGCUCUGUGAACAGAAUAUAGAAAUUAUGUUGACUCCAGAAAUGAUCGAAGUGGAAUUCCCUAUGUUGGAACACAAGGACACCAAAAAGGAGAAAGAGGUGAGAGACCAGGCACAACCACCGGAGAAGACAGGAGACAAGGUGCUGGAGGAGAUGAAGAAUGUGCGGGCCAAAGCUCUCAACUCAUACCUGAUUCUAGAAUAAAAACCAGCCGGCCAGUUCUUCUCAUCGGCUCCCUGCAAGUCACUGUGGUCCUUUGUGUCCACUUAUG